CGAGGCUCUCUCCUCCCUCUGCUCUCCGCUCUGGGCUGUAUAUAAGUGUGUUUCACUGGCCUGUGUUUCACAGUGACAGACUGAAUGCAGGCCUGAUGGCUGUACAGCGCUGAGGUCCAUCAUGACCCCGGGAAAGAGGCCCCCUGCGGACUGCUAAUUAUCUGGUGAUGUGCAGCAUCUACAGGAUGAUUGACAGCUGCUCCUCCUGAACCCAAGAAUGCCUGUGGUGCCAGUGGGCGGGACAUCCUCCUCCCACCCUGUUGUACCUGUUGGCCUCACCUGCUCGUGGCUGCUUCUGCUCUUUCACGUUACCUUUGGUCAGAAACCUGCCAAACUGCCCUUGAUCAAUCGGAAGCCCUUCAUCGCGGCCUGGAACGCCCCUCUCGACAUGUGCACCAUCAAGUACAAUGUCACCACCAACCUUGACCGUCUUUUCCACAUCCACGGGAGCCCACGUGCUGGUUGGACAGGCCAGAAUGUCACCAUUUUCUAUGCCAACCGGCUGGGCAACUACCCUUACUACACCCCGCACGGCGACCCUGUGCAUGGCGGCCUGCCACAGAACUGCAGCCUGGACAUGCACCUGCUGAAGGCCUACCAGGACAUCAACCACUUCAUCCCUGCAGAGGACUUCCGGGGCCUGGCUGUCAUCGACUGGGAGUACUGGCGGCCUCAGUGGAGCCGUAACUGGCACAAAAAGGACAUCUACCGGCAAAAGUCUCGGGAGCUGACCGCCAAGGCUUACGUCAAUGUGUCGGCGGCGCAGGUGGAGGAGCUGGCACGGCGGAGGUUUGAGAAAAGUGCCAGGGCAUUCAUGCAGAGGACUAUUCAGCUGGGGACACGCCUUCGCCCCAAUGGGCUCUGGGGUUUCUACCUCUACCCUGACUGCCACAACUACAACAUGCAUGAUCAGAACUACACAGGCUUCUGCCCCCUGAUGGAGAGCAUGAGGAAUGACGAGCUGGGAUGGUUGUGGAACAGCAGCACAGCGCUCUUUCCCUCGGUGGCAAUCAGGAAAAGUCACUCUAACAGUAUCGGCAACCUUCACUUCUCCCAGCACAGGAUCAGAGAGUCGCUCCGUGUUGCCUCGCUCACCUCGAAGGAGUAUGACCUCCCCACAUACGUGUACCUCAGGCUGGGAUACCGGGAUGAGGCCAUGGCCUUCCUCACCGCAAAAGACUUGAUCCACACCAUCGGGGAGAGUGCUGCUCUGGGUGCUGCGGGAUUUGUCAUUUGGGGCGACCUGAACUUGACCUCAUCCAGGUCGAACUGCUCCAAAGUGAAGACAUUCCUGAGCUACCGCCUGGGUAAGUACAUCAUGAACGUGACGCGAGCAGCUGAGGUCUGCAGCGACUUCUUGUGCCAGAGCAACGGCCGCUGCGUCCGACGGGACCCCCGCGCCCGCCAUUAUCUCCACCUGAGCGCCAAAAGCUACAAAAUCAGUUCCUCUAGCAAUGUGGAGUUCGCUGUCACCGGGUGGCACUCUCAACACGACCUGCAGCUGCUGACGGACAGGUUUCGCUGUCACUGCUACGAAGGUCACGAGGGCGAAACCUGCGAAAGCAUCAACAAAGUGAAGGAGGACGAUGGGCCGUGGAGGGAGGGGGAGGAGGACGAGCAGGAGAGGAGGAGGACAGAGUGGGAGUUCGAGCAGGAUGAACAACGGGAAAUAGGGGAGAGUGCGGCGCCCCCAGGUGGCUUCAGCCUUCACGUCAUGUUGCUGCUGCUCCUGUUAAACUUAGUGUUUGUUAAGACAGUCGUAUGAUGCAUUCUGACAAAAGGAGGAGUCAUUUCUCAAGCUGAGUAAAGACGUUACUUUUCCAUAAUCACGAUGUCCGACCAAGUAAGUGAGGAAAUGACUAAGUACUAAUUCCGCCUAAUCAUUUAGUCUUAAAAAUGUCAAACAACACAGUAAGGCUGCAUGUUAUCAUGCUAAUAAUAACAAUGGCAACAGCUAAUUCUCAGCAGCAACAUGUUAACCAUGUUCACAAUGGUAUUUUGGCAUGUUAGCAUGUUCAAAUUUGCUAACUUAGUCACUUUUGCAGGUAUUUUGCCAUUAAAAAAGUAUUGAACAAAAGAAGAAAAUCUACCUGUUAAUGGCGCUAAAGGUUCAGGGAUCACCAAAGUGAUCCUAAUGAGGGACAUGCAAAUCUGGACUAUAUUUCCUAGCAGAACAUGCAAAAGCUGUUUUUGAUUUGUCACUAAAAGCCAGAAACAUCAAACCAAAAGGCAGGGAUCACCAAAGUCAUUAGGAUUCAUCAAAUAAGGACCGUUAAUGUCUGCACUAAACUUAAAGGCAAAUAAUCAUGUAGCCCAUAGUAUCUGCACCAAACCAAGCUAAUGGGAUGUUGGCUGUGGCUUUGUACUGUAUCUACCAGACAGACAUGACUGUGUGUUCAGUCUUCUAACUGUGUGAAAGAGUGUAUUUCUGAAAUGUAAGAAGAGUUCCUUCAAACCAAUGGUUAAAGGUGGUUAGUGUGAAAUGAAUGUUGAAAAAUGACAAAUGUGUAACAAUAACCACUUCCUUAUAAUGGAGUGUGUGAUGGCACAGAGGUUUGGCGCGUUGACAGAUGAAGGUUUGGUUGAUUGUGUCACUCACUGUUCAACUAAACUGUCAUCUGAAUGUUGCAGCAGUUUCUGCAACAACCUGCACUUCAUCUUUAGCCGACAACUGCAUCAGUUUUUCGAGGAAUGUUAAUCAGUAGAUAUAUAAAUAUAGAGCUGUGGUUUAUUAAAGUGUGGCAUGAGUCACAUACAGCAAAAUAAAUGUUUGACAUGAUGAUUCAGCGUCGCUGCAGAGCUGAGGAAUGGGAUCAGAGGGAUCCAUUUUUUUUACUUUGAAAUAACUUUGCGAGGCAGCUGGAUUGCUUGCAAAAUCCAUCUUAUUCAGAACCACAGUGGUUCGUACCAAUCUGCAUUCUAUGAGGGGGGAACUACUGGCAGCUACAGGCAUGUCUUAGGUGUAUGGCAAUAGCAAGAAACAACUGUUCAUUAACAACAAUGGCAGCUCCCAAAGGGGGUAGGCCGAGGCUGCUAUAGCAUUAGUUAUAUAUGAUUUUGAGAGUAUUUCUUCAUUGAAAGAUGAAGAAGGGUACUGAGGGUUUUUGUGAUGAAUCAAACUAGACUCAAAAACCGUGAUAGAUGGCGAAAGAUGUAAAAUGAUUCAUCCACUCACCAGCCAAGAUCUACUUGAAAGUGUUGCGUGCCCUUUUCCAGACAAAUUUCAAAUGAAGGUUUCUCACAUGAAUCUGUGCAACCAACCAUUUGAUGUGCCUUCUUUUAAAUGGUUCGUGGUAUAUUUUUGAAGACAUUUAUUGCUGAUAUGAAACCUUUUUAUUUCCUCAACAAUACGCUGUUAUUUCACUUGUUAUUAAAUACAUACAAUGUUUUAGUACUGUUGCUUACUCUAUACUCUUGAACUGCUCAGAUCAGGAAACGCCACAUAUUUGAGCCUGUGUGGGACAUGGCGUGCACAUGUUAUAGGUAAUAAUAAUCAGUAUAACUGUAUUUUCUUUUCAUUUUUGUUGGUUUUGUUACUCAAAACCAAACCCAAGAUAUUGUGCAGAAGUUACUAUAUCAUAGUCUGGAAGAAUGGGAUCAACAGGUUGGGUCAGGUUUGGGAUUUUCAUUCAUCCCAUAGUGGCUGCACGGCUACUGUCUCUUAUUAUUCAUUCUUAUUCAAACUGACAAGGACCUGAGAAAAACAGUUCUCCCUAGUUUGUUGAUGGCUCCAGUUUUGAUCUGACUCCUUCUCUAUCCCUGAAACAGCUGUGAAACCUGAGGAUCUAACUGCACCAGACGGAACAGCCAUUCACCAUUUCACUUCACUAUCACAUUUGUCUCAAGGGCUGCAGUCAGCGUUUAUCGGUGGCAGCCUGCAUACUAGAAGCACAGCAAUCUGCUGACAAAAGAUUUUUAGAGAGAAUGAAAGACAGUUGCUCAAAUGCUAAAAUGAGUAGUUGUUAACUUGAAAAGGACCUUCUGCUGGUUGCAUUAUGAUUAGUGCCUGUCGGGUCAUUGUCAGAAUGUGUGUGAGUGGCGACGAGUUAUAGUGCCCCCAAAAAAAAUCAUGGAAAACCUAAAACUCUACGAUCCAUGGUUUGAGUGGGUUAGAAUAAAAUAAGUGCAGCUCCCAAUUCUCCAAUUUGACAAACUAGGAUGCUGAAAUAUUACUAUAUAUUUCCCAGCUUGCAUUUGACCACUGUGUGUGUUCACAGAGUUCGUGGAGUGUAUUUUAGAGGCAGCAUGAUUCAUUAUAGAAAGUCAAUGGAAAGACACAAUUAGAUGCACAUUUCCCACAAGGACAAGAGGAAGAAGAGAGACUAGGGGGACCAUACUGCACAGCGCUAUGUUCCACAAAGCUCCUGCAUUCAUAAGAAAUAGCUGCCAUGCUCUGCUUAAAAAGAAGGUUGAGUUACAGUAGGUGUUUGACACAAAGUUUUCAGAUUGACCUAGAGUUCUGUAUUACUGUUGAACCUGCUGGAACUAAUUCUGGCAGUUGAAGUUUUGAAUAUCAGUCUGUUACAGACUUCUUAUAGGAGAUCAUACUGACUCUCCAAAGUUACAUAGAGCAAGGACAGAUGUUCAGGGAGAGGAGUGGGACUGAAACAGGAAAAAAUGUCUCUAUAUCCAAGUCAGUGAACCGUCAAACUCAUUUGAAGUUGCUAUUUUAAGGUUGAGAAAGUUCAUGCCCUGUAAAACAUUUUGUGUCUUUCCAUUGACCUUACAUACAAAAUUCAAUUUUGCACUCAGUCAGAAACAGUAUUAGCUGUGUCUCCAUCCAUUUUUGUCCAAUCCAAAUUGAAUCACAGACCACAGAUCUGAAUCAUUUAAACUCAAACCAGACCCAGAACAGAGGUGGCCCUGAAUCUUGGUUUUGGUCAUUUCACCCAAAACACAAUAAAUUAAGGUUGAGUUUGUUUGAAGUGAAACAUGUAGCAUCUGGCACGACUCUCUGUGACAUUGAUCCUGGUUUAUAAUUAACCGUUAUUUUCAUCUCAAACAAGCCUCUCAUCAUGAUGCUGUAACUGUUUCAUUUGCGGUUUUUUGUUUUUGUUUUAGUUUUUUCCCUUAAGAUUGUAAACCAAAUAUGCACCAUGGACUAUGCAACACAUGAAAAAUGUUACCUGAAUGUAAAUGCACUAAAAAUAAAGACUUCUCUUCAGUA